CGUUGUUCUGUUUCUCUCUCCCUCUCAUCCGCCCGUGAUUUCUGUAUUCUCUCCAAAUGAGUCCUCUGACGUUUCCUCUAUUCCUCUGCUUCUCGCUCUUUUCGUCACCCAAAUGGCUCUCAAUGAGUCUCACGCGAUUCCCCCCUCCAUAGGAGGACGGGUAAAGCUGGUUCAGAAUGCAAUUCAGGCGGCAACGCAAGCCAACAUCAAGUUUGAAGAUUCAUACAUUUGCCACGCCUUCAAUCUUCUCAACUCCAAGGGUUUCUUUUUGGGAGAUGACCCACUUAACUUCUCUGUCCCUCUCAUUUUGAUCCAGCUUUCACUCAUGUCCAUAUUCACUGGUUUUUUUCUCUUUCUCCUCAAGCCCUUGGGUCAACCCUAUAUUAUUUCUCAAAUUCUUGGCGGCUUGACUUUAGGACCUUCAAUUCUUGGGCGCAACUCAGAAUUUGCGAAGAGAGUUUUCCCACCCAAAGGAAAAUGUGUGCUUGAUACCUUUGCGUUUUUUGGUUUAAUGAUAUUCGUCUUCCUAGUUGGGGUAAAGAUAGAUCCAACCAUCAUUUCUAGAUCAGGUAAAAGGACCUUGGCCAUGGGAGUUUUAGGCUUCAUUAUUCCUUACACCUUAGCUCAAACGGUUGCCUUUAUCGUCGGUCAAUAUUUUCCAUUGGAUCAUGAUAUUUCUGAGAUGCUUCCUCUUGUGGUGGCAAUUGCAUCUAUGACAGCGUUUCCAGUGAUAACUUGUUUUCUUGCCGAACUCCAGAUUCUCAAUUCAGAGAUUGGGCGCUUGGCCUCUUCUUCUUCACUAGUUUGUGAUGUUUUCCAUUGGUUAGUCAUGGCAAUGCAGUUUGCCUCAAGAUUAGCCCACACAGAGUCAAUAGGAGUAUGUUUCGAAUUUUUCUUUGCAACUGCUCUUCUUAUUUCAUUCAUCAUGUUUGUUGUAAGGCCAGCGGCAUUAUGGGCAAUUCAACACACGCCAGAGGGGGAACCUGUUAAGGAAAUCUAUAUUUUUUGGGUUCUUGUGACAUUUUUGAUCAGUGGAUUCAUGGGCCAGGUGCUUGGCAUACAUGCGUAUCUUGUGUCUUUCGUGCUAGGUUUGGCUAUACCAGACGGGCCGCCGUUAGGAGCUGCACUGGUGGACAAGAUUGACUGCUUUGUUUCUGUAGUGUUCCAGCCUAUUAUUUUUAUCGUAAGUGGAUUAAGAACAGAUGUUUUUGCCAUAAAGGAGCUGAGGAAUGUGGGUGUAAUUCAUUUAAUAGUUUUUGUUGCCUUCUGUGGGAAGAUUGUAGCAGUACUAUUGCCUCUUCUUUUGUGUAGAAUGCCUUUCCGAGAUGCUCUCUCUCUUGGUUUUGUGAUGAAUUGCAAAGGCAUUAUUGAACUAGCCUUCUUGAUUGACUGGAAAUUAGAAAGUGUAAGCCAUUUACUUUCGACUCAUGCACAAUUCACAAAACUUUGUAGGGUUUGUCUUUUGCAUGCCAAUAACAGGAGUGCUUCUUCGCAUUUGCAGACCUUGAGUGAGGAAUUUUAUGCAAUUAUGAUCGUUUCUGUUGUGCUCGUAACUGGGAUUGUAUCACCAGCUGUGAAAGUCCUUUAUGAUCCAUCCAGGAGGUUUCUUGCUUAUAAAAGGAGGACAAUUUUGCAUCAUAGCAAUUAUGAACCAUUGCGAAUUCUUGCUUGCAUUCACAAGCCAGAUAAUGUCUUGGCAAUUCUGAACCUCCUUGCUGCUUCCAAUCCCACCAUGAAAAGCCCAAUUGAUUUAGCUGUUCUCCACCUUGUUAAGCUUGCAGGUCGUGCAUCCUCUCUACUUGUUGCGCACGUGCCGCGUGAAAAUCUUUCCCAACAUCCAACUGAAUCUGAUAAAAUUUUCAAUGCAUUUAUGAAAUUUGAGCAUGAGCGUGGAGGCUUGGUUACUCUGCGCUGCUAUAAAGGCAUCUCCCCAUAUGAAACAAUGCACAAUGAUGUGUGCUACAUGGCACUUGAAAAGAGAGUAACCUUUAUAGUCAUACCUUUUCAGAAGAAAUGGAUAUAUGGUGGUAAACCAGUGUCAUCAUUUCCCUUCAAGCACCUGACCAAGAAUGUUCUAGAGAAAGCUCCUUGCUCAGUUGGAGUCCUUGUGGAUCGUGGCAAUCAACCAAAUUUUUGGUGUGACCAUUUUGUCAGGGAACCGUUAUAUCAAGUAGCCGUGUUCUUCUUUGGAGGAGCAGAUGAUCGUGAAGCCCUUGCCUUGGCAAGGCGAAUGUUGGAUCAACCCAAUGUGUAUAUAACUCUGGUUUAUUUUUCUUCUUCAACAGAGAUUGCUGCUGGUACAGAAAGGAGCAAAAUGCUUGAUACCCAGACCUUGAGUGACUUUAGGCUCAGCGCCUUCCGGAACCAAAGAAUUUCUUACAAGGAAGCGCGAGUAAUGGAUGGGAGGGAUGUGCUUUCCACGGUGGAAGAUAUAGACAAUGUUUAUGACCUUGUUAUGGUUGGAAGAAGGCAUGGAGAUUCCAAUCUGAUGUCUGAACUGAAGAAGUGGAAGGAUGGAGAAUUGGGAACUGUGGGAGAAAUUCUUGCCUCCCUAGACAUUGGAGCAAAAACUUCAGUUCUGGUGGUGCAACAGCAAACCAGAUUAUGGGGACUACGUGACCCCGAGGAAUCAACACGGCUGAGAAGAGAGAGAAUAGAAACUUCUGGGGUUUGACCACGGUCUUUUUCUUUUCUGUCUUUUGUUUUCGGUCCCCACCUUUUUGUUUUUAUUUCCUUUUGCAUGUUGCUUAAAUUCAUUCUAAAUACUAAGAAGAGAAAUGAUAGGUUUAUCACGUCCAUCAUUCCAAUUACCAUUCCUAGCUUCGUGCCUGUGGGAGAAAUCUAAAUCUUAAUGAAUCACUGUAAACCCAUCUGCCUAAAAAGAGCGAGACCCUGUAGAUGGAGGCUUUCUUUUCUAGGUACAAGAUGAAAGGUUUUAUUUAUUUAUUUAUUUGAAUA